CGAGAGAGGUGAGGAAAACAGAAGGGAUCGCGGCGUCUCUGUCUCUAGCAAAUACUUCAAGCGUAUUGGAGAAGCAAAUGAGUUGAAAGAAAUUGCAGAGAAAGAUCGGUACUCAUCCUCUUUUCCUCUAGUUCUGGAUUCAUUUGAUUGUUGCUUCUUUACCUUUUAUGCCCCUGUAUCUCCAUAACCUGUGCAUUCGGCGGUGCUUCACUAUUCAAUGGCAAUAAUCUUUUGGGUCCUGGGCUUAGUAUUUUGAAGUAGGAGAUUUGGAGUAUUUUUGAGUCGGGCAUCGGUGAAGAUUUCAACUAACGUAAUGGCGUCUUGCAAAACCUAUGGUCAGAAGCCAUUGCUUGAUGGGCGAGGAUUAUCACUGGGCAACAUGCAUGGUGUUAUGGGUUUGAAAUUUUCUAGUCUUAUCAACCCUGAUUUGACUUGGAAGAAGGUUGCAAAAGGCAAUAGGACUUCAUCUAGGCAGGCGAGGACCUCAGUUUCUAGAAGUUGGAAUGCCAACGAGGAAAUGAUAAAAACAGAUCCUAACACUAUGGACAUGCCAUUUUCUGAAUAUGAGAAGCUUGGAAUAAGCGUUCUUGGGUGUCACUUUAGUGAAAACAUCGACAAUGUUCCUAUUAAGAAAAGGAAAUUAGUGUUUAGAUCUAUUUCUCCACUUCGCAGACCUGCUUCUCAACCUAGCGAGGAAAAAUGCCAUCCCAGAAAGAGUCAAUCUGGACCAAUAGAUUUUUCUGGUUCUAAAAAUGACUUGGGACAAACUAUUGAUACUGAAAAUGAUGUUUGUGAGAAGAAUUUGCAGAGGGUAAGAACACAACUUAAUGAAAGGGAAGAUUUCUCCGGUAUCUACAUACUUGCAUCUGCUGCCUGCUGUGAUAGUUGUGAAGAAGUUGAUGACCAUGUUGUGGAAAUUUCCGGAGUUGGUGAAUCUUAUGCAUGUGAAGGUCCUUCAAUGGAAAAUAGGUUAUCUCCUUUGUCAAAGAGAGUCGUGAAAGAUGACCUUACUUCUGCCAAAAUUUCAAUUCAAGGAACUGUUUCCUGCACUUCGGUAGUACUUGCUGAAGAUUCCUCAUCAAUAACACAUAAUUCCUUUACAGAAGGUAUGUUGCAGGGGAAUACCCAUGCUAAGUCUACGGGGGAUUGUUCUGUGACAAUGUCAAAGGAUCUGUUAAUCAAGAAGGUUAAGGAGACAGAUGGACUGCAUGGGUAUUGUUCAAAAGUUGAUAGUUCAUUUUGUGUGCCUAGUACAUAUGAAACUGGUUCCUCUGGCUUAUUGAUUGAAGAGCUGAAUCUUGCUCCUAAUGCAAUUUCCUUAGUUAACACCACUAAUGAGAUGCUAGAUAUUGUAAAUGAUAAUGCAAAGGGUGCAAAACAGUAUUCUUUUUGUCAAUAUAAUGAACUGGAAUCUCUCCAAUCUGCUAAAAGUGUGGAGAUGUUAAACUUAGCUCUGGAUUCAAAGGUAAAGUGUGACAAAGUUUUUGAGCAUGAAGAAACUGAUAAUGCGACGGACGAGGGAGGUGAGAAACCUGUGACAAAGUCUUUGGAACUUUCUACAGCAUUGCUACAUACUCGUUCUUGUACACACAAAAACAACCCAGAGGAUAGUGUAGAUGGUUUUGACAAGAUGGCUGUAGAAGAACCAUCUGAUAAUGGUAAUAAUUCUAAAUUUUCUCAUGAUAUUAGUGCUUAUGAGAAAGCUAGUAGGUUUGAGGUGGAUUAUGAUUCUCAAUAUGAAGAUGGAGAAGUGAGGGAAUCCAUAGAGUAUAACUGGCAUGGACAUGAUGGUAAGGGUAUAGAAGCUGAACAUGUAGAUUAUGGUUGUGACAUUGUUAACUUCGGUUCUGGAGCUGAAGAAAUGAUGACAAAUACACACACAAUGGGCUUCCGAACUUGUUCAAGUAGGUUGAAAGAUAAAGGUGCUAAGGAUAUAGUUAAGAUUGGUGAUAGAACUUGCAGCAAACCCAAAUUAAGGACAGACAAGGAGAUUGCAGAUGGCAAGAUUGUUAGUGGGAAGGAUGAUAGGAGGAUUGGAAAAAGAAAUGGCAAUACCCGGGAAAAUAUUUGCAGCGAUUAUCAGUCAAGGGUGACAGAGUCAAAAACAUUCAAAAGAGAGUUUUGUUCUCGUAUUUCAGUGGGAGCAUUUCGUGGUAGAAAUGAAAGGGAUAGAUCUGUGAAGCAUCCUCAUGCUACAGGUCAAGGAGGUGAUUGCUCAGUUGAUACUCAAGCCGGCAGCAAUAGGGGUUUAAAAGACCACUCAGGCAAGUACCAUGGCUCAAUGUCGUUUCAUUUUAGGCCAGCAAAAGGCUUGCAUCAUCUUACAAGAAGUAGGUCACCAACUGCUGGAGAUGAGGAUCAUGGUACACGUAUGCAUAUCGAAGCAUCUAGGAAUCUCAAUCCUGGUUGGCAUGUGACACUAGGCAGGGACAGGUCUAGGAGAUAUGAUCUGCAAGUUGAAGGGACAGUCCCCAAGAGAAGGUUCCAUGGUUUUGUAGCCGAUGAUCACAGUGGUCCUUCCUUGACUGGUUCUUUUCCAUUAUUCAGGGGAGAUGGAAGAUCUUCAACUGUUAAAAGAAGGGAUCCUUGUGUACGUCAAUCACAUACAAAAUCUUCAUCAAGACCUAGAAAUCGCUGUUCCAGCCCUGGGAAUCCAUGCUUUAGAUGUCGAAGUAAAUCUCCUGAUUUUAGAUCUUCUAGUUCUAUCAAAAUGCAGAGAUUGCAAUCGUCUAAUGAGAGGCCUGGUCAUUUGGUAGAUUGCAUUGAAGAAUUUAGACCAGCACCAAGAAUUCAUGGUUCCUCGCCUCAUAAUACGCGAUGGUUUGGUGAUAGGAAAGGUGGUGCUGUUCGUUUCAGAGAGAGAAGUUACAAUAAGCAUUCUUCAUUUCUUGGCAAGCGAUCGGUGGGGAGAUUUUUCCGACAGGAUGACAGGUUUGACUUGGUUGAUUCUAUGCAAGGCUAUAAAUCUUUGCACCCAGGAAGAUCCAUGGAGCUGGAUAGAACCAGUGGAGGGGGUUUGAGGUACAAAGAGAGUGGUGAUGAUAGCGGCAAGCAUCGGAAUAGGUAUGAGCUGGUUCAUGCGGUGAAGCAAUACGACAUGGAUGGACCUGUGAAGCGAUUUCGUUAUAGUGCUGUGGAUGGUUGUAAUUCUUGUCACACUGAAGUUUCAGAUUUACUUGGUAGAGGGAGUCUAAAUUAUCAUGGCAGGGGCACUGAUAGCCAAAUUGGUGACAUACCAAGGGGAGAUAAAAGCCCUUUUACAUAUCCAAGAGAAGGUAAAUAUAGUUUUGAUUCGAAGUCAUAUGGGGUGCAUGGAGGGGUUGAUGACCUGACUUCAAGGAGAAGAUCUUGAAUUGUGCGCCCACUCUACUUGUUUGGUUUACAUGAGGUGCUUCGGCAGGUAGAUAUAAACAGAUAGAUACAUAGGUAUACAUGCAUUUUUAGUGGGAAAAGCAUUUAUAUAGUUCACAUACCUGCGCAUAUUUCGAGUAAUAUUCUCAAUUUUUAGCCUUUUCGAAAUUUUGGUAAAGGCUGACCUUUUGAGUUUUGCCUUUUUGUUUAUUUAUUUCAUCUUUUGUGGCCAAUUUGUAGAGACGAGCCACUGAGCAUUAUCAAAUCAAUGAAAUGUCAAUAUGUUUUGCCAUGGCCUUGUGUCUUUAGGAACAAUGUCUAUUUUUAUUUUCAUCA